AUGGUUUUGUAUUUGAUUGGUCUUGGUCUGGGAUCUGUGGAAGACAUUACAGUCAAAGGGCUUAAGACUGUAAAAUCAUGUUCGAAAGUGUACUUGGAGAGCUAUACAAGCAUCCUUUCUUAUGGUUAUGGUGUUGACAAAGCUAAGAUGGAAGAGUUCUAUGGCCGGGAAUUGUUGGAAGCCGAUCGAGAAUUUGUGGAACAAGGGUGCGGUGAGUAUAAAAAUAUUUGGUAGGUAUUGCUUGGAAACUUUGCAUUUCAGAUAAUAUGAUUGCUGAGAGUAAAGGAGAAGAUAUCGCCCUACUGGUUGUCGGAGAUCCCUUCGGUGCCACAACUCAUGCCGAUCUUGUGAUACGGGCCAAAGAACAGGACGUUGAAGUUCAAAUUAUCCACAAUACUUCCAUUCUAAACGCUGUUGGAUGUUGCGGAUUACAGGUCGGUGACUUUAUUUUACAGAAGUUGCGUUUUAAAAAUGUUUUUAUUAUAUUUUUUUUUGAAAUUUGAAUAUAAAAUGAAAAAUUUUGCAUAGGAGAGUCGAAUUUUUAAAUAUGAGAGUUAUAAGUCAAAAUUCUCGAGAUUUCGUAUUUUCUGGUCAAAAUUUACAUAAGUUGACCUCGGAAAUCGAACUUUUCAAUUCGAUUUGCAAAAGCCUAGUCCCCAAAACGGCCUCCGCCGCACGGCAUUCUGUACUUUUGGGACACAACCGGUCUCUGGGACUUUUUCAAUUUUUUUCAAAGUGCGCUUGCUUUUUAUCUCCAUAUCUCGCUAGCCGUUGGCGCUAGAAGGCUGAAAUUUGGUAUGGCAGUAGAGUAAAAAGUUGGCUUUCAGAAAAUAUAAAUAUUGUAAGGAACCCCGCAGGAUAAACUUCCCGAUGACAAUUGAAAAAAUUUCAUUUCUAAAACUUCUGCAACCCAGAAGUGCAGGUUGCAUGAUCGUAUUGACAAAUUUCUUUUUGCCGAUGUGUUUCAAAUUCGAUUCUCUACAAGAUGGCCAAAUUUCAUCUUAUUCGUUACGCUUCGGGCUGAGUUAUGAUUACAAUCACAGUGCUUUUUUUGGUAAUUUAAGGAUAAUUCGGCCCUUAGGGCAUCUACAAACCAAAUCCGCCAGCCGAAUUAUUCAAUAUGCUCGUAAGUAUGAUCGUACCAAGUUUCGUUCUUCUAUCUCAAAAAAUGGCAACGUUAUUCGCAUAGUUCUUCUUUCAAUGGCUACGCCCUGGGUCUUUAAAAUUUCUACUUGACAGUAAUGCUCAAGGUAUGAAUACAACUUAGAAACCUGACGCUUGGCGGGAAAACUCGCAAUGGAGACUUCCAAGCUUUCUUCCGAUCCAGACUCAAGGCUUAGCCAUUGGAAGAAGAACUAUGCGAAUAACUUUGCCAUUUUUCGAGCUAGAAGAACGAAACUUGGUAGAAUCAUACUUACGAGCAUAUUGAAUAAUUCGGCUGGCGGAUUUGGUUUGUAGAUGCCCUAAGGGCCGAAUUAUCCUUAAAUUACCAAAAAAAGCACUGUGAUUGUAAUCAUAACUCAGCCCGAAGCGUAACGAAUAAGAUGAAAUUUGGCCAUCUUGUAGAGAAUCGAAUUUGAAACACAUCGGCAAAAAGAAAUUUGUCAAUACGAUCAUGCAACCUGCACUUCUGGGUUGCAGAAGUUUUAGAAAUGAAAUUUUUUCAAUUGUCAUCGGGAAGUUUAUCCUGCGGGGUUCCUUACAAUAUUUAUAUUUUCUGAAAGCCAACUUUUUACUCUACUGCCAUACCAAAUUUCAGCCUUCUAGCGCCAACGGCUAGCGAGAUAUGGAGAUAAAAAGCAAGCGCACUUAGAAAAAAAUUGAAAAAGUCGCGGAGACCGGUUGUGUCCCAAAAGUACAGAAUGCCGUGCGCCGGUGAAAAAGUCUCCGCCGAGCCGCUCGGUUGAGACUUUUUGUGCGAAACAUCCGCCAAGCUACCGAGACCAACAGAUUACGCCCUGCCAGAUGUGGCAAACUUAAUCUCAUCGGUAGUAGAAAUGUCUGGGCUUUGUAGCCAGGUGUAAUUUUCGAAAAAGACAUCCAAUGUCUCCGCCGAAAAAUGAUCUCUCCGCCGAGACAAGAAAAAAAUUCUUUUGCAUAUACGAAAAACGCACAACUUCGAAUUUUUAAAUACGACUUAAACUUCUUGGAUGGCUGCAAAGAGCACAAAGAUGUCAGCAAAAAAUUUGUCCAAAAUUUCUUGAAACACCCUGUAGAAAAGCAAAGUCAUGAUGGAUUUAAUUUCAGUUGUAUUCUUUUGGGGAGGUGGUUUCAAUUGUGAUGUGGACCGAAACCUGGAAACCGGAAAGUUUUUACGAUAAGAUUGCCCAAAAUAAAGAACGAGGACUUCACACAUUGUGUUUGUUGGAUAUCAAGGUCAAGGAACAGACAGUCGAAAACAUGAUCAAGUGAGAAUAUUUUACUUAUUUUGGAUUCUGUUCCAGGGGAAACAAGAAGUACGAACCCCCAAGAUUUCUUACUUGUUCGCAAGCAGCACAACAAUUGCUGGAGAUUUUAAAGCACCGAAAAGAACAUGGGCAUACUUUAGGUAGGCUUACUUCAGUCUGUUUAAGGGUUUAUAUUUGUUUUUCUUCAGCAUUUGACGAAGAGUCUACAGUCGUUGGUCUUGCUCGAGUUGGAUGGCCGGAUCAGUUGAUCAAGGCGAUGCCAUUGAAUAAGAUGGCUGAGUAUGAUAUGGGAUCUCCUCUUCACUCUUUGGUGAUCCCCGGUCAUCUUCAUCCUCUUGAAAGUCGCAUGUUGGAUUUGUUGUAAUCUUGGAAGUUUGAGCGUGUCCUUGAUUGUUACUGAUAAGCGUCGAAGCCGUCACUUUCCCAAUCCCGUUUAUGGAUUUACAACUUUUAUUGUUAAAACAUGAUAUUGUUAAGUUUGUGAUUAAAUUGUUUUCCCGUUAUCGAAGCGGUGAUAAGGUUCAUGGUAAGAAUGCCCCUUGAAUGCCUCUGUUUCCUUUUUAUCUCUCAACUUGAUGAGAAUUUAGGUUUUCCGAAGAUUGCGUCAUUUUUGAAGGGAAUCAUGACUUCGCGAGCCUAUUUUGGAAUGCAAUGUUUUUGGGGGGAAUCAGCUUUUGCCAAACUAGAUGGUGUCCUGAAGACUAGAGUUGGAUAUGCUGGUGGAAAACAGCCUGAUCCGACUUAUGCCCAUAUCAAGGAUCACACGGGUAAGUUUAUCAGUAUUGCCAGAGGGUUUAAGACGUUUUUUGUGGUAACAAAGGAUUUUUUGGUUCAUAAUUUUACGGGAAUAAACAAAGAGCCUUUGCAGAAGUAACUGAGUUGGUCUUCGACGAUAAGGUUGUGACUUACGACAGCUUAUUGAAAUUCUUCUUCUCACAUCACGAUCCAAAUGUUCAUCGAAAAACUCAAUACAGAAGUCUGAUUCUGUAUGUGGAUGAGGAACAGAAACAGAAGGCCGAUGCUGCCUUGGCCGAGAUUCUGGUACGGAAAUGAACUGUAUGUUUUAUUGGUUUUAGAAAAUCAAUUCCAAAGCGGAGACCAAGGUUGAAAAGCUUGAUCGGUUUUAUCAAGCUGAAGAUUACCAUCAGAAAUAUUGGCUGAGAUGUCAGCCGGACAUCUUCAGAGCUAUAAAAUUGAGCGACAAGGAGUUGGUAGACACCGUUCUGGCUGCCAAGAUCAAUGCCUUUAUGGCUGGUUAUAACAAAUUCGAGGUUCUCCAUGACUUGGCUGCCAAACACAGCCUCGAUCCCGCUUUGGUCAAGAAGAUCGAAGCCAUUGCUGCAUCUGGAGGAGAUCCCCGUGCCUGCCAUUAG